UCGACAUCAAAAUGGGUUUUGGGCUUUGGUGAACUUCGGCCCAAUUUUCUCCCCCUCCUUUUUCGCGGGUAACGUAACGAAACGCGAUUCCGCACGCCCGAAGAAGCCAUUUUCGUCGCUUCCGCGACCUCAGCGAUGGAGCCGCCGGAGUGCCCCGUCUGCCUCGCCGCCUACGACGGCGACGAGGCGGUCCCCCGCGUGCUCGCGUGCGGCCACAGCGCGUGCGAGGCCUGCCUCGCGCGCCUCCCCCGGCCCCUCCCGCAGGCCGUCCGGUGCCCCGCGUGCACUCAGCUCGUCAAGCUCCCGCCUCAGGGCCCCGCUUCUCUCCCCAAGAACAUCGACCUCCUCCGCCUGUAUAACCCCGAGCCUGAUCGCGCCGGCCGCGACCGAUCGCGUCGAGAAUCGUCGGACGAUGAUCGCCGGGUCAUUCGGGAGCUGUUCGUCGGCAAGACGUGGUCCGACCAGCUCUACGCCGCGUGGAAGGAGUGGAUACUCCCGUGCGACGCUGUCUCGGUUGAAGAAGAUCGCGGGGGCGAUCAACGUGACUUUUGGUACAACUUAGUAGGGAGAAUUGGUCGUGUGGAUUCUGGCUUGUUGUCCAUGCGGUGUCGCGAGAAGCAGGAAAUCAGUCUUGUUCCGAUGGCGUCGUUGUCGAAUGGGAGUGAGGACGGUUCGGGAUUUAGGUUCGAUUACGUUGCGAGGGUUUUGACUUGUUUGAGUAGUAUUGGGGAGGAAGCAUUGAAUGAAUUGGCUUUAAUUUUGAGGGCGUCGUUGAGAAGACAGUGUAGAGUGUGUCAAGUUUAUGGCUUGUGGGGUAAUCUUAAGGAUGAAGUGCUGUAUUUAGUAUGUGAGGCUCAAUGGACAGGUUUUACGGUUUUUGACGAGGUGCCGCAGUUUGAUGGGGUCGAUGGAAACGAUGUUAAUAAGGAUUGGGUGUCCAAUUUUGCCAUUACAGGUAUGGAGAUUUGCGAGGGGGUAGUCAGCUUGCAUAAGCAAGGGCUUAUAGCUGGCUGUUUGGGUCUUUCAUGUAUGAAGAUAGAUGAAUUUGGACAUGUGUAUAUUGACUUGAAUGAGGUCUUGGUGCUGGAAAGGAAGGUCGCCAGGGUUGCUGGUAAAUAUGUUUCUGAUGGAAAAAGAAUUGAUAACAAAGAGCUGCAUAAGAUCUUUUACGAGUUACUGGAAAGUGAUUCCCUCUUGAGCCCUGAGGUACUUUUUGAGCUAUUGAGGAGAUGGGAUGCUAAAUUAGAUGACUCUGGCAGCUCGUAUUUUAUUGGGUAUGGAUCAGAUGUCUGGGUAUUGGGCUGUAUGCUCAUUAGGCUUCUUCUGGGUGCUGCAUUCCCUGGAGACACCUGGAACGUGAGAGAAGAAGAUGAUUCGGAUUUUUCAGUUUUGUACAAUAAUUGGUUGGAAAAUAUUGGUUCUUUAUUGGAGAAAAAAGUGACCUCGAAUUUUGUGUCGUUGAGGCUGGUGCUCCUUGAAUGUUUCAACUUGGAUCCACAAACACGACCGCUUAUAACUGAUGUGGAAAAAUGCAUUAGGGAACUGAUUGUGGGAUAUCAAUGUUGCAAUGGGGCUAUUGAGGAGGAAGUAGUUAGAGAAGAUCCUGAGUUUCAUUGCUUGACUUUUGGGAAAUUAUGUCGGAUGGCAUGGAAAAGUUCAGAUACAUGGAGAAAAGAUUUGCAUGGGAGCGAGCAUGCUGGUGGAGCAGAUAUUCAAAGUGGUAAGGUUGGAGUGGAUAAAGAGUUAGUUGAGGGUCUCUCUGAGCAAAGUGUUAGAUGCAAAGAUCUGCAGGGUCAUCUUGACUGUAUUACGGGUUUCGCCAUUGGAGGAGGAUUUCUCUUUAGCUCCUCUUUUGAUAAAACGGUCCAGGUGUGGUCUUUGCAGGAUUUCUCUCAUAUACACUCAUUUAGGGGUCAUGAACACAAGGUCACGGCUGUAAUCUAUGCUGAUGGGGAACAACAAUUAUGUGUCAGUGCUGAUAGUGGAAGUGGCAUUUGUGUCUGGAAAAUACAUUCCCCUAUGAUGGAAGAGCCAUUAAAAAAAUGGUAUGAGCAAAAGGAUUGGCGGUACAGUGGUAUACAUGCAUUGGCCUACUCAAGAAAUGGGUACCUCUAUACUGGAAGUGGAGACAAAUUGAUAAAAGCAUGGUCAUUGCAGGAUUGCACCCUUUCAUGCAGCAUGGAUGGUCAUAAAUCUGUAGUUUCCACAAUGGUUGCAUUCGGUGGGGUCCUUUACAGUGGCAGUUGGGAUGGAACUGUCAGAUUAUGGUGCCUUAGUGAUCAUAGUCCCCUGGCAGUAUUGGGGGAAGAUAUACCUGGAAGUAUGUCACCAGUCCUAUCUAUUACAGGGGAGAGGCAUUUUCUGGUUGCAGUUCAUGAAAAUGGAAGUAUAAAGGUCUGGAAAAAUGAUGUGUUCAUAAAAUCUGCAAAAGUGCAUAAUAGUGCUAUUUUUGCAGUAAGCUUAGAAGGCAAAUGGCUGAUAACUGGAGGCCGGGAAAAAACCAUCAAUAUACUGGAAUUAUCAGAUGAUGUUCAGGUAGACAUAAGACCGGUUGGUUCAAUACCUUGUGGUUCUGUUGUAACGGCUCUCUUAAGCUGGCAGGGAAAAAAUUUUGCCGGAUGUGCUAAUAGGUCUGCGAAGGAGAAUAAUGGACGUGUCGCGAGGACGUGGAGGGAUUUCGCGAGCUUGAAUUACUGGGUUGUGCGGGAUUAUUAUCGACUUGUGGAGGCGGUCAAUUAUCUCGAGCCACAGAUGCAGAGGCUCGCUGAUGAUCAGUUGGCUGCGAAGACACUGGAAUUUAGACGAAGGCUGGGGCAGGGCGAAACACUGGCUGAUAUUCAAAGUGAGGCAUUUGCCGUGGUACGCGAAGCUGCAAAGAGAAAACUUGGAAUGCGCCACUUUGAUGUACAGAUUAUUGGUGGUGCUGUGCUUCAUGACGGAUCCAUUGCGGAGAUGAAAACGGGGGAAGGGAAGACAUUGGUAUCUACUCUGGCGGCAUAUCUUAAUGCUUUGACUGGUGAAGGUGUACAUGUGGUAACAGUGAAUGAUUAUCUAGCUCAACGUGAUGCUGAGUGGAUGGGGCGUGUUCAUCGCUUCUUGGGCCUCUCGGUGGGUUUAAUUCAGAAGGGAAUGAAAUCAGCGGAAAGGAGACGCAACUACCAAUGCGAUAUAACCUACACUAAUAAUUCUGAACUUGGCUUUGAUUAUUUGAGGGAUAAUCUAGCAGGCAAUAGCGAGCACCUUGUUAUGAAAUGGCCAAAGCCCUUUCAUUUUGCGAUCGUUGACGAAGUUGAUUCUGUUCUUAUCGAUGAAGGAAGAAAUCCUUUAUUAAUUAGUGGGGAGGUAAUGUCUGCUAAUUUUCAUGUGCCCAAAUCUAGGCGAGGGUCACCAACCCUCGUGCUGGCUUGGUGGCGCUCACCUAGGGCCCUCGGACUGGGUUGCCUAAGUCUGGGGGCGCUGGGCGAAGGCCGGUGACCCUCACCCAGAUCU